UAAGCCUUAAAUCUUGAUGAAAAGACAAGGACCGAAACUUAUCCAAACUCUCUAUUGUUUACAGUUUUUAUUCAGACUUUAAAAAAAAAAUAAAUAAUGACAACACUGGCAUUUGAUUAACACAUAAGAAAUAUUUUUCUCACCUGAUAUGGAUCUACAAGAGCUUUAUUAAUUUUUUUCUCCACAAAAAUCAAACCGACAGACUGCUGAAAAGUGAAGACAUUUUCUCUUUUUUGUGGAUCAAGUGUGAGCAUUUAUCACCAUGGUGCUGGACACUGAAUUUGGUUUGAAGGGCAGCAGCAUCAUCAGAGAGUGGAGCGGACAGGUCCAGCCUGCUCUGGUUGCCACUUUUGUGUUCCUCUUCUGUCUAGAAGCCUGUAUAUGGGUCAGGAACCUCAGACUCAAAAGAAGACUGCCUGGACCCUUCGCCUGGCCUGUGGUGGGCAACGCCAUGCAGCUGGGUCAAAUGCCUCACAUCACCUUUGCCAAGCUAGCCAAGAAAUAUGGCAAUGUGUACCAGAUACGACUGGGCUGCAGCGAUAUUGUGGUUCUGAAUGGAGACAAGGCGAUACGUCAGGCUCUGAUACAGCACAGUACUGAGUUUGCAGGCAGACCCAACUUUGUCUCUUUCCAGAUGAUCUCUGGAGGCAGGAGUAUGACAUUUACUAAUUACAGCAAACAGUGGAAAGCACACAGGAAAAUUGCCCAAUCCAGCCUCAGAGCCUCCUCUGCAAACAGUCAGACCAAAAAAGCCUUUGAGCAACAUGUUACAGCUGAGGCCAUGGAGCUGGUGCAGAUCAUUUUGCGCCACAGCACUGAUGGACGGUAUUUUGAAGCUGCACAUGAAUUAACAGUAGCUGCUGCAAACGUGAUGUGCGCUCUCUGCUUUGGGAGGCGAUAUGGACAUGAGGACCUGGAGUUCAGGACCCUGCUUAAAAGGGUGGAGAAGUUUGGGGAGACAGUAGGUGCAGGUAGUUUGGUAGAUGUCAUGCCCUGGCUCCAGUCCUUUCCUAACCCAGUGCGCAGUGUCUAUGAAAACUUCAAAAACCUCAAUGAGGAGUUUUUUACCUUUGUGAAAGACAAAGUGGGACAACACAGAGAGUCCUACAAUCCUGAUGACAAGGACAUGAGUGAUGCCAUCAUAAAUGUGAUUGAGCACGAAAAUGACAGUGGACUGACCAAAGAGUUUGUUGAAGCAACAGUCACAGAUCUAAUUGGAGCAGGUCAAGACACAGUAUCAACUCUCAUGCAGUGGAUGCUUCUCCUCCUAGUCAAAUACCCAGACGUCCAAGCCAAGCUACACAACCUCAUAGACAAAGUAGUCGGCCCGGACAGACUGCCAUCAACUGAGGACAGACGCAGUUUAGCCUACCUGGACGCCUUCAUUUAUGAGACCAUGCGCUUCACCAGCUUUGUUCCUGUCAAUCCUCACUCCACGACCUCAGAUGUCACUAGAAGUCUCCACAUCCCCAAAGACACUGUGGUCUUUAUCAAUCAGUGGUCUGUCAACCAUGACCCACUGAAGUGGAACCCUCACAUUUUUGACCCCACACGCUUCCUGGAUGAAAACGGGGAUCUCGAUAAAGACAUAACCAACAAUGUGAUGAUCUUUUCAACAGGUAAAAGGAGGUGCAUCGGCAACCAGAUCGCCAAGGUGGAGGCAUUUUUAUUUAUAGCAAUUUUGCUGCAUCAGUGUAGCUUUGAGAAUAACCCUUCUGAGCACAUCAGUCUUGAUUGCUCCUAUGGGCUUACACUGAAGCCCCUCCGAUUCUGUGUUACUGCCAAGCUCAGGGGAAAGCUGCUUGGCGUAGUUUCCCCAGCAUGAACAGCAUGUUCCAGUACUGUGACUCAAGGCCAGCAAAGACCAGACACUUUCCCAUACAUGACAUUUAACAGUGAGUAUCGACAUACCUGCACUAAAUCCUAUUGUUGUAUGUUCAUAUUUAAUGGUGAUAUUAAUUAAUAUCUUAACAUGAUCCAUAUUUGCAUUAUUGUUGAUGCAGGACUGAGAAUAUGAUUUCAAGUAUGUAUCCGUACAACUACAAAUUAAAGUAUAAAGCUCAAGGACUGUUGGGGUCAUUGUAAAUGUAUUCAAUCUCUACUUCACAAUAUACUUGAUAGGAUUUUGUACAAAGUUGUUGAAGUCUGUAUCGUGUACUUGUUUUACAUCCACUAUUGCGCAUGUACAGAUCAGGUGCAUGCAGGAAUUAGCUACAUCUUUUAAAUGUCAACUUAAACUAAUGUAACUGUAUAUGAAAUGCUUGUGAAUGUUAUGCAAUCACUUGAUGAAAUAUUGUUCUCAAAUGUAAUAUGUAGAAAUAUAUUUAACCUUUGUCACAUAAAGCAGUUACAAAAUAUUUUUCUAUAAUUCCAUAUUUCAGGUAUAAUUAAAUGUUUUAUGUAUUUCACUAUCUACUGUACUCGAAGCAUAUGAAGACAUAUUUUGUAAAGGUAUAUUGGUCAAAGGGGAGCAUAAUGCUAGUAUGUUUGUGAAGCUGGGAAAUCGAGAGGAAGUCUUUCAUCAAGGAACAUCGCCUCACUUCAAAGAAUGAGACACCAUGAACACUUCAUAAACUCUUUUUUUGUACACAGGGUUUAGUUUUACUGUACAAACACUGCAGCUACCCCAUGCCAAAUACACAAGGCCAAAAAAA